CCGGUCCCUGCGGGAUGAGGAGGUGGGAGCCCGUCCUUCCCGUUCCCUUCUUGCCUUGAGAAGCGGUCGUCCCCCGGCGCCGCGGGGAAUCCUCUGCGAAGCCGUUGAGUGGGACAGGAUGUGCGGACGAUGAUGAUGGCCAGGAAGCAGGAUGUCCGCAUCCCCACCUACAACGUCAGCGUGGUGGGUUUAUCCGGCACGGAGAAAGAGAAGGGUCAAUGCGGCGUCGGCAAGUCCUGCCUCUGCAACCGCUUCGUGCGGCCCAGCGCCGACGACUUCCAUCUGGAUCACACCUCGGUGCUCAGCACCAGCGACUUUGGGGGCCGAGUGGUCAACAAUGACCAUUUCCUCUACUGGGGUGAGGUGGGCAGAGCCCUGGAGGACUGCGGCGAGUGCAAGCUGCACGUGGUGGAGCAGACGGAGUUCAUCGACGACCAGACCUUCCAGCCCCACCGCAGCACCGCGCUGCAGCCCUACAUCAAGAGGGCUGCUGCCACCAAGCUGGCUUCGGCCGAGAAGCUCAUGUACUUCUGCACGGACCAGCUGGGCUUGGAGCAGGACUUUGAGCAGAAGCAGAUGCCCGACGGCAAGCUGCUGGUCGACGGCUUCCUCCUCUGCGUGGACGUCAGCAGGGGCAUGAACAGGAACUUCGAUGAGCAGCUCAAGUUCGUCUCCAACCUCUACAAUCAGUUGGCCAAGACCAAGAAGCCCAUCGUGGUGGUGCUGAGCAAGUGCGACGAAGGGGUGGAGCGGUACAUCCGGGACGCGCACACUUUUGCCUUAAGCAAGAAGAGCCUCCAGGUGGUGGAGACCUCUGCUAGGUCCAACGUGAACAUUGACUUGGCCUUCAGCACCUUGGUGCAGCUCAUCGACAAGAGCAGAGGGAAGACCAAGAUCAUCCCUUACUUCGAAGCCUUGAAGCAGCAGAGCCAACAGAUCGCCGCCGCCAAGGACAAGUACGAGUGGUUGGUCAGCCGCAUCGUGAAGAGCCACAACGAGACGUGGAGCAACGUGAGCUUCAAGAUGCAGUCCUCCCCCGAGUACCAGGACUACGUCUACCUGGAAGGGACCCAGAAGGCCAAGAAGCUCUUCCUGCAGCACGUGCAUCGCCUCAAGCAGGAGCACAUCGAGCGGCGGCGGAAGAUGUACCUGGCCGUGCUCCCUCAAGCCUUCGAGGCCCUCAUCCCGGACCUGGAUGAGUUGGAUCACCUGAGCUGCGUCAAGGUGGAGAAGCUCUUGGAGACGAAGGCGGACUUCCUCAAGUGGUUCGUUGUCUUGGAGGAGACCCCCUGGGACGCCACGAGCCACAUCGACAACAUGGAGAACGAGCGCAUCCCCUUCGACCUGAUGGAGACCCAACCGGCCAAGCAGCUCUACGAAGCUCACUUGGAAAAGCUGAGGAACGAGAGGAAGAGGGCGGAGAUGAGGAGAGCCUUCAAGGAGAACCUGGAGACUUCGCCCUUCAUCACCCCUGGCAAGCCCUGGGAGGAAGCGCGGAGCUUCAUCAUGAAUGAGGACUUCUACAUGUGGCUGGAGGAGUCCAUCUACAUGGACAUCUACAGCAAGCACCAAAAGCAGAUCAUCGAGAAGGCCAAGGAGGAGUUCCAGGAGCUGCUCUUGGAAUACUCGGAGCUCUUCUACGAGCUGGAGCUCGACGCCAAGCCCAGCAAGGAGAAGAUGGGCGUCAUCCAGGACGUGCUGGGCGAGGAGCAGCGCUUCAAGGCCCUGCAGAAGCUGCAGGCCGAGCGCGACGCCCUCAUCCUCAAGCACAUCCACUUCGUGUACCACCCCACCAAGGAGACCUGUCCCAGCUGCCCUCUGUGCGUGGACUCCAGGAUCGAGCAGCUCAUCGGCUCCCGCUUCAUCCGCCCCACGGAGCGCAACCAGAGGAACCUGCUCGCCGACCCCACCAUCGACAGGAUCAACCUGGUCAUCCUGGGCAAGGACGGCCUGGCCCGAGAGCUGGCCAACGAGAUCCGGGCGCUGUGCACCAACGACGACAAGUACGUGAUCGAGGGCAAGAUGUACGAGCUGGCCCUGAGGCCCAUCGAGGGCAACGUCAGGCUCCCCGUCAACUCCUUCCAGACCCCGACCUUCCAGCCCCACGGCUGUCUUUGCCUUUACAACUCCAAGGAGUCCUUGUCCUACGUGGUGGAGAGCAUCGAGAAGAGCCGCGAGUCCACGCUGGGCAGGAGGGACAACCACUUGGUUCACCUGCCCCUCACCCUCAUCCUGGUCAACAAGAGGGGGGACACGAGCGGGGAGACCUUGCAGAGCCUCAUCCAGCAGGGCCAGCAGAUCGCCAGCAAGCUCCAGUGCGUCUUCUUGGACCCUGCCUCUGCCGGCAUCGGCUACGGCAGGAACAUCAACGAGAAGCAGAUCAGCCAGGUCCUGAAGGGUUUGUUGGACUCCAAACGCAACCUGAACCUCGUCAGCUCCACCGCCAGCAUCAAGGACCUGGCGGACGUUGACCUCCGCAUCGUCAUGUGCCUCAUGUGUGGCGAUCCCUUCCACACGGACGACAUCCUCCUGCCCAUCCUGCAGUCCCCGAGCUAUCGGCCUUCCCAGUGCGGCAGCAGCAGCUCCGUCCUCCUCGAGCUCUCCAUCGGGCCCCACAAGAGGCGCGUGGAGCUCUCCCUCCUCUCCUACCACUCCUCCUUCAGCGUCCGCAAGAGCCGCCUGGUCCACGGCUACAUCGUCUUCUACUCGGCCAAGCGCAAGGCGUCCUUGGCCAUGCUCCGUGCCUUCCUGUGCGAGGUGCAGGACAUCAUCCCCAUCCAGGUCGUGGCGCUCACCGACGGCUCCAUCGACAUCCUGGACAACGACCUGAGCAGGGAGCAGCUCACCGAAGGGGAGGAGAUCGCCCAGGAGAUCGACGGCAAGUUCACCACCAUUCCCUGCAGCCAGCCCCAGCACAAGCUGGAGAUCUUCCACUCCUUCUUUAAGGACGUGCUGGAGAAGAAGACCAUCAUCGAGGCCACCCACAUGUACGACAACGUGGCCGAAGCUUGCAGCACCACCGAGGAGGUCUUCAACUCGCCGCGAGCCGAUUCCCCUCUUUGCAAUUCCAACCUGCAGGACUCGGAGGAGGACGUGGAGCCUCCCACUUACAGCCCCUUCAGAGAGGACUUGUCCAUGCCCACCUUGGCCAAAGACCACUCGAAGCUCUCCAUGGAGCUGGAGGGGAACGACGGCUUGUCUUUCAUCUCGGUCAUGAGCACCUUCGAGAGCAAGCUCAACAACAAGGUCCCUCCUCCGGUGAAACCAAAGCCCCCAGUGCAUUUUGACCUUACCAAGGGGGACCUGUCCUACUUGGAGCAAGGCCACCGGGACGGGCAGAGGAAAUCCAUGACAUCCGGAAGCUGGCUCCCCACGGAUUGCUUCGACCCUUCCGACUACGCCGAGCCCAUGGACGCCGUGGUGAAACCACGCAACGAAGAGGAGAACAUCUACUCGGUGCCUCACGACAGCACCCAGGGCAAGAUCAUCACCAUCCGGAACAUCAACAAGGCCCAGUCCAACGGCAGCGGCAACGGCUCCGACAGCGAGAUGGACACGAGCUCCUUGGAGAGGGGCCGCAAGGUGUCCGUGGUGGCCAAACCGGUGCUCUACAGGACCCGCUGCUCCAGGUUGGGUAGGUUUGCGAGCUACAGGACCAGCUUCAGCGUGGGCAGCGAUGACGAGCUGGGCCCCAUCAGGAAGAAGGAGGAGGAUCAGACUUCCCAAGGCUACAAGGGGGAUAACGCCGUUAUUCCCUAUGAGACGGCCGACGGAGAGGACCCAAGGAGGAGGAACAUCUUGAGGAGCUUGAGGAGGACGACGAAGAAACCCAAGCCCAAGCCGCGGCCGUCCAUCACCAAGAGCACGUGGGAGAGCAGCUACUUCGGGGUGCCCCUGAGCGGGGUGGUGACAGCCGAGAAGCCCAUCCCGGUCUUCAUCGAGCGCUGCAUCGAGUACAUCGAGGCCACGGGGCUCAGCACCGAAGGGAUCUAUCGGGUGAGCGGGAACAAGUCGGAGAUGGAGAGUCUGCAGAGGCAGUUCGACCAGGACCACGGCCUGGACCUGGCUGAGAAGGAUUUCACCGUCAACACCGUGGCUGGAGCCAUGAAGAGCUUCUUCUCCGAGCUACCCGAGCCUUUGGUCCCUUAUUCCAUGCAGGUGGAGCUGGUGGAAGCCCACAAGAUCAACGACCGGGAGCAGAAGCUCCACGCGUUGAAGGAGGUGCUGAGGAAAUUCCCCAAGGAAAACUAUGAGGUCUUCAAAUACGUCAUUGGCCACUUGAACAAGGUGAGCCAGCAGCACCGCGUGAACCUGAUGACGAGCGAGAACCUCUCCAUCUGCUUCUGGCCAACGCUCAUGCGCCCGGACUUCAGCACCAUGGACGCGCUCACGGCCACGCGCACCUACCAGACAAUCAUCGACCUCUUCAUCCAGCAGAGCCCCUUCUUCUUCUCCUCUUCCUCUUCAUCCUCAUCCCGCUCCAUCCCGGAGCUUCCCGGUGCCGUUCCCACCUCUCCUUCGUCUCUUCCCAUCGGAGCUUCCCCGCUGGUCCCCGGCGCGGCUCCGGCGUCGCCUCCGCGGACGCCGCCGUCGCCGCCGCCGCCGUCGUCGUCGUCGUCGUCGCCGGUGCAAGCGCUGCUCCCGAGCCAGCCCCACGCGGAGCCGUCGGCACCGUGA